ACUUCCGGGUAAAAACAAAUCCACUUCCUGUUGGUUAUAAACAAACGAAACGCGCUGGUUCCGGCAGAAUAGCGUCAGAACCGCAGCCGAACCCCGGCAGCACCUCAGCGGCUGACUGGAUGAACAGGCGGCGGAGUUCGGCCCGGUUCGGACGGUCAGCAUGGUGAAGUGCGUGGUGUCCGGCUGUCCGAACCGCGUGGUUGGGUCCAAUUAUGGAGGGUUCAACAGAACCCAGAAACGGUUCUUCAACUUCCCCAGAGAUCCGGCGAGGGUCAAGGUGUGGCUGGCGGCCCUUCGGCAGACGGAGCAGCAGAACCCGUCGGAUCAGAACCUGAUCUGCGAGGACCACUUCCUGCCGGAGGACAUCUCGUCCAGCGAGGUCAGCGCCGACGCCAUCCCCAUCAUGCCGCCCGGCCCGGACGGGCCGCUGGGCCUGAUGGACCCGUGGGGCGCCGGGUCGGAGGAGGAGGAGGAGGACCAGUGGGCCGCCGGUGCCGGUCCGGUUGACGAGGAGGACGAAGGUGGAGGCAGCCUUCCCUUCAAUACGAAGAUCGCUCUGCCAGAACUUCCUCCGCUGGAUCCGUCAGAACAGGACCCGGGUCCCAAAGCGGCGCCAGGAGACCCGACUGUGAGGAUCAGCAAACCGUGGGAGCAGCUGGUUCCGGCCAAGAUCCAGACCAGAGAGGACGUGUCUCUGUCGGUUCUGACCCGGGGACUCCUGGACCUGUUCCUGCAGACGCCGGACGGCUCGCUGGACCUUCGCCACGCCAUCAGGAGCCUCGGCACGCGGCGGCGCCGCGUCUAUGACAUCACCAACGUGCUGCAGGGCAUCCAGCUGGUGGAGAAGGAGUCCGUCAACCGGGUCAAGUGGAUAGGCCGCUCCCCCGCCUCCUGCUACCUGGGUCAGAACCGGGCCCAGCCCGACCUGGCAGAACUGAAGCUGGUGGAGGAGACGCUGGACUCCCUGAUCCGGAGAUGCGCUCAGCAGCUCUUCGAUCUGACCGACGACCCGCAGAACUCUGCGCUGGCCUACGUGACCCAUGAGGACCUGCGGCGGCUCCGGACCUUCCAGGAGAACACGGUGAUGGUGGUGAAAGCUCCUGAGGAGACCCGGCUGGAGAUCCCAGCUCCCUCUGAGGACAGCAUCCAGAUCCACCUGAAGGGGGGGGCGGGUCCGAUCCUGGUGGUGACCUGUGAUCUCGGGACGGAGGGACCCGGAGAGACGGAAGGCUGCUUUUUAUCGCUGGAGGAGAGUCGGAUCAGAACCGCCGCGCUGCCAACAGGUCCACAGAACCUGGUGCAGAGCGCGUAGACUCAGCCUGGCCACCAGGAGGCGCCAGCGGGUCAAAGGGACAUUUUCAGGAUUCUUCUGGAGAAACGUUCAUCUGGAUCUGGGAACUACCAGAACUGACAAACUAGGAUGUUCAUUCAGAAGAUCGUGGUCCUGGAUCUGUUCAGAACCAGAACCGGGACCAGGACCAGGAUGGGUAGUGAGGAAGAGGACGCUUGGAACUUUAUUUUCCCACCGGCAGUGAACUGUUCAGUGUUUUUCUUCUUUUUUUUUUUUUUUUGCUAAGUUGUUGACGUGUUUGUUUUUGUGCCUGUUUAUUUCCAGCUCAGAACUUUAUGACAGAAAUGGACCUUCAGAAUAUUCUGGACUGGUUCUGAGGCAUUGCUCCGUUAAGCUGCCAGUGUUUCUGCAGAUAUAAUUAAUAAACCUGAUAAGGUCAUCAGUG